CCCCGUAACGUCCUCCCGGCCCUUGCAAGAUGCGUGUCACCUUCUGCCAGGCCGUGCUUGCUGUUGCCAUAGCAUUUAACCUGCUGGUCCUCUACUACAUCUCGCGGCUGCAGCAGCACGUCCUACACCGCCACAGGGACCACACGCAGCCGAGCUCCCGUCAGCAGGUCAGUCCCUUGAGGCCUGGUGUGACCGUCCUCAUCAGGGAGUUCGAAGAUUUCGAAAACUACGUUCCCGACGUGGUGCGGUCUUUCCUGAAACAGGAACCGGACCUGCCCGUUGUGGUGGCAGCAGACCACUUGCCGUACCCUCCCAUGGUUCUCCCUCCCUCUCCCAACGUCCAGGCGAUCCUUCUCAAACCGACCCCCGACCAGCCCCCCCAAGUAUUCAGGCCCGAGAUCUACGUGAGAACGGAACACGUAGCCCUGGUGCCCGAUGGGGUGAAGACAGAUUUGACAUCUCAGCUGGAAAGGAUGCUGGAAGAGUUCAAGGCCAGCCAAAGCAAGGCGGAGAUGGUUGCGGCUCCCGUACACUCCAUGGCCCCUCUCCGGUGCCUGAACCUCCGGGUCAGCCUUAAAGAGUGGACGGCCGAGUACUCAGCGGCUCCUCCUUCCUCCAAACUCUGCACAGCCUUGAGAGGGGAGGCUGUUCUCCUUCUCCGCACCAAGGACCUCUUCAACCUCUCCACACCCUUGGCCAAACCCUUGCUGACCUCCCUCUUCAUCCAGACCUCCCUGCGGGGGUGGGCGGUCCGCAUCCUCGACGUCUCUUUCUUGACGCUUCACCAGCCUUUGCUCACCUCCUCCCACAACCAGUGGAAGGCCGACAACCUUGCCAGAUCCAACCGGCUACAGCUUUUCCGGGAUUUUGGAAUCAAGCGGGUAAUCCUGGAGGACAGGAAGGAGCAGUGGUUUGGGUGCGGCAAGGAGACCCCGCGGUGCUUUGGAACCAUCCACGAUGACACCCCGGAAUACCUCUACCAAAACCGCUGGACCCCGCCCUGCUGCCUCAAAGCGUUGAGGGAAACCUCCAAAUACGUAAUCAACAUCUUGGAGACGUCCGGGGUACGGUACUGGCUGGAAGGGGGGACACUCCUCGGGGCGGCCCGUUAUCACGACAUUAUCCCGUGGGACUAUGAUGUCGAUCUAGGCAUCUACCUGGAGGACAUCCCCAACUGCGAGCUGCUCAGGAACGCCGAUUCAGGCUCCAUUGUCGACGAGAAGGGCUUUGUCUGGGAGAAAGCCAUCGAGGGGGACUUCUACCGAGUGCAGUACAGUGAACACAACCACUUGCAUGUCGACCUGUGGCCCUUCUACCCCAAGAAUGGUGUGAUGACCAAGGAUACCUGGAUGGACCACCGGCAGGAUAUUGAGUUCCCCGAACACUUCCUGAAGCCCUUGGUCCCCAUCCAGUUUGCUGGCUUCCUGGCACUUGCUCCCAACGAUUACCGGGGCUUUCUGGAGCUGAAGUUUGGAGAAGGGGUGAUUGAAAACCCUGAAUAUCCCAACCCAGCACUGAAGAGAAUGGAGAAGGAAAACUGAAUAGGAGCUUUUGACAGUCUGGGCCUUAAAGGGAGAGACUCUUGAGUAUCUCAGAGC